UUCAUCUUUAUGUCUUAGAUUCCUUUUUGAGGAGUCGUUCAAGUUCAGACCAUGAGGCCACCGCCAUGAUGAAGGCUCAGUUCAUGAGCUUAUGGGACGGACUGGAUACUGACUACAAUUGCCAAGUCAUAAUAAUGGGAGCCACCAAUCGGCCACAAGAUCUUGAUUCUGCUAUACUCCGAAGGAUGCCCACAAGAUUCCACAUCAAUCAGCCUAAUAUCAAGCAGAGGAAAGACAUAUUAAAACUGAUCCUGGAGAAUGAGAAUGUGGAGUGUGCUGUGGACUUUGGUGAAAUUGCAAAACAGACUGAUGGGUUCUCAGGAAGUGACCUCAGAGAGAUGUGCCGAGAUGCUGCUCUGCUUUGUGUGCGUGAAUUCGUGCACCAAGAAAGUCCAGAUGAAGACUUCAUCCGCCCAAUCAGGCAGGAAGACUUGCAGAGGGCAAUCGAGAAGAUGAGGAAAUCCAAAUCUGCUGGAGUGCAUGAGGCGUUUAUGCAUGUACCACUGGACUGAAUGUGAUGCUGCUGUUUUAAAAAAAAAAAAAACAAGAACCUAGA